GAGGAAUUGUAUCGCCACGGACUCGUUGACAAGGGAAUCAUAGGGGAAACCUUUUCUAAGGAGACGGCUUAUAACAAAGCGCCUUCGAAAGAAACAUACAAGAAGCGCGUGAUUUACGACACUGCCCCCUCGAAAGAAACCUACUCUAAAGACAAAGCGUACGAUAUUAGCAAUGCUCUAUACAAGGAGUCGUAUCCAAAAGGUGUUGUCUACGAUCGCGUCGCUGCUAAAGGAAAAUAUCAUGGAGCAGUGAUCUACGAUGAUGUGGCAGACGAGAGAAAUCUCUACGACACUGUUGCUGAUGAUAAAAAUAUCUACGACGAUGUAUACGACAGCAAAGAUGUGAGUAUCGUAAGAGAUGAUAUAAUAACCGGAUUUUACUUUUCUUCGCUUCAUACAAGUAUGGCAUCAUAUUUGCCAGCGAUCCACAUUGACCCGGAUCGGAUCCGGAUCGAAUCGGCAGCAAUUUGCUUGCGAACGCGCGCAUCCGUGCCUACUUGCGCACCAUGUUCGUUCAAUCUCCCGAUUCAUUCCGCAUCCGAUCCAGAUGGAGAGGAUUCGUUUGUUUGCCAUUACGGCAGAUCCGUUGCAGAAUGA